AUGGUAAAUUGUGCGAAAUUAUUACGAAAAAAUAUUAUUGACAAUCUUAAUGGUUAUAAAAUGAAUGUUUUAUGUUCUCGUUUUUUCUUUCUAUUUCACUAUGAAAAAGUGGAAAACUUGGAAAAAGUGGAAAAGUGGAGAAGUGGAAAACUUAAAUUUUUGCGAGAAGUUACGCCAUACUUUCGUAAGGCCAGCAUUAUAUCCGAAGUGGGUUGGGAACUGCAACGUGCAUUUCUAUGUCCUUUGGGUCCGGGAGCACCAACGUCACCGCCUGCACCAAAAACUACACCCAGAGCCGAUACGCGUUACAUACCGUUGCAGUUGACACAUUUGGCGCGAAAUUUGAAAUACAUUGAUCCGGAAAAUCGUUGUUUGGAAUUACAUUCUCCGGAUGGUGUUCAUUCAUGUAUUUUGCGUGCGUCUGAUUCGGCGGAAGCGUUAAUCUGGUUUAAUGCGCUGCACUCGGCCAUGUGCACAACCACCCAACGUGCGCUGACUGAAGCUAAUCGAGCGUUGAUGAAUGUGAUUGGAGAAUUAAAGCAUAUUGGCUGGUUAAGUCGGCGUUUGAGCGGUAGUGCAGCUGGUAGCAGUAGUGGUGGUGGCUGUGGCGGUAGUGGCGGCAGCGGCGCUAGUGGUGGAGCCGGUGAUGUGCCAAGUGGGCGUUCGAGCUCAGAGAGUUCAGAUGAAAAUGAUAAAUGGCAGCCAAUUUUUGUUGCAGUCACCGAAAGAGAAUUUAGAAUAUACGAAAGUGCACCGUGGUCGGUGGAAGCAUGGGGACGUCCAUUGGAAAGUUUUGCAUUGGCAACAACAAGACUGGCUGGAGCGGGCAAUAACUCAUCUUUGAACGGUCAACAGACCACUGUUUUUUGUGUGCGCUGCGGCACAACUCGUGGCGUUUUAGUAUAUUGGCUACGCUCCGAAACGCAUCGUGAUAUGGCUGCUUGGGCACGUGCACUUGUGCAGGGUUCUCAUAAUGCCGUCAAUUAUCAGCGAGAAUUUUCAUUUCGCUGCCUCUACCAAGGACGGCAAUGUCAAUUGGUUGUGCAUCUGAAUCGUGGUUUUUGCUUAUACGAGUGCGGAUAUGCGGCGCCAGCCCAGACCAAAACUCAAUUGUGGCAAUUUCCGUUUGACAAAUUAAAGGGUUCGGCCGACGAUGGUAAUCGUAUGUUGUUUUUGGACUUUGGCGAUGAUGGCGAAAUUGAACUGGACAUGGAAUGCUGCCCCAAGCCAGUCGUAUUUGUGGUGCACAACUGUCUUUCCGCCAAGGUGCACUCAAUUACUUAAAUGAAGAAAUGAAAUGAUGAAGAAGUGAAAUGAUGAAGAAAUGAAAUCAUGAAGAAUUGUAGAAGUCAAGACAUUGAACAUUGAAAGUAAAAUUAAGCAUGAAAAGUGAAAAGUGUAGUAA